AUCGAACACCCAGGAAGCUUAAUCGCGCCCCUCCACGUCGAGUUAUAGACGCCAUCAUGGCUUUGAGGCGAGCUCUACAUUUUGUUUUCAAAGUUGGUGACAGGGCCAAAACAGCCACAUUUUACCGGGAUGUUUUGGGCAUGAAGGUUUUACGCCACGAAGAGUUUGAGGAAGGCUGCAAAGCAGCAUGCAAUGGUCCCUACGAUGGAAAAUGGAGCAAGACAAUGGUCGGCUUUGGUCCAGAAGAUGACCAUUUUGUGGCUGAACUGACAUAUAAUUAUGGUGUGGGAGGGUAUCAACUCGGCAACGACUUCUUGGGGCUCACUCUGCAGUCGAGCCAAGCUGUCAGCAACGCUAAACGUCUGGGGUGGCCCCUCACUGAGGUAGGAGAGGCUCUAUAUCUGACCCAAGCCCCAGGAGGGUAUCCUUUCUACCUGGUGGACAAAGAGCAGCCUCCCACUGACCCUGUUCAGAAGGUUUGUCUUGCUGUAUCAGACCUCCAGAAAUCAACCCACUACUGGUCUACACUCUUAGGAAUGAAGGUGAUGGACAGGAAUGAGGAAAAGAAAACAGUGCUGAUGGGAUUCUCAGACACACAAUGCAAACUGGAGCUCCUUGAUAUUGGUGGGCCAGUAAAUCAUGGAACAGCCUUUGGGAGAAUUGCAUUUUCGUGCCCACGGGAGCAACUGCCUGACCUCGAAGCCUUGAUGAAAAAAGAAAAUCAGAAAGUUCUCACUCCAUUAGUCAGCCUGGACACUCCUGGAAAGGCCACAGUAGAAGUGGUUAUUUUGGCUGACCCAGAUGGCCAUGAGAUAUGCUUUGUGGGAGAUGAGGCUUUCAGGCAGCUGUCUGUUGUGGAGCCCAAAGGAGAUGACUUACUCAAUAAGGCUAUGUCCGAUGAUAAAAGCGAUGAGUGGUUUGCCAAGCACAACAGGCAGAAAGCUGCUGCGUGAGAUGGAGAAUGUUGAAAACUGUGCACCAUCAGUUUCUCACCAGUUCAGAUGAUGAUGAUGAGAUGAUGCACAUCUUUAGUGUAAAUGUUUUUGUAAUAUAUCCUUCAGCUGGCAGUGUGAGAUUUACUAACCCCUGGAAGCAUGCCAUGUAUUGCAGUUGCAUUGACAGCACUUUGUAAAAGGACCACUUAUUUGAUUUGAUGGAUGGUUUUUGAAUAAACAUGAUUUCUAUAAAGCA